GCAGAACCAGGCUCAGGGAGGGGCGGGGCCAUCUGCUGCGACCGGUUGGGGUGACAGAGCCAAUGAAACCAUUGAUGAUUUGGAGUGAUCCCAAAGCUGUCAUCGGAUUGGUCAAAUCAAACCUCUAAGUUUGUUAUAGAAAAAAAAAUCCUCCUGGAUGUAAAGGGGCGUGGCUUCGCUGUCUGUGUUAAGCUCAAGUCAAGUCAAGUUGGCUUUAUUGUCACUUCAACCAUAUACAGCGCUGACCUGUGUGUCAGCGGUUACCAUGGAGACAGUGGUGGGCCACGUCGGGAGGAAGGUGAUGCUGCCGUGUCGCACAGGGGCGGUCAAACAGGGCGGAGUGGAGGUGUGCUGGGGGCGGGGCAAACCUUCACUGUUCACCUGCCACAAUGCUGUGAUCAACAGCGCUGCAGCCGGCAUCACCUACAGGAAGUCACACAGGUACUCUGUGUCUGCCUCCUCCUCCUCUCUGUCCAUCUUCCACUCCCGGCCGUCAGACUCGGGUUUCUACCACUGCAGAGUUCAGGUGCCUGGACUCUUCAACGACCAGACCUUCACCGUCCACCUCAUCAUCCUCAGCAGCCCUCGCUCUGUGGCCGUGACAGAAAACUCUGAGCUCUCAGACGGGGACCUGAAUGCACCGCACACCGCUGCAGGUCACAUCGCCCAGGAGGCAGGAAGUGAUGUCACAGGAGACGACACCACACAGCCAGUGGUGGCUCUGGUUCAGUCAGCUGAGCGGCAGGUAAACGUUCUGCAGGCGUUUGUUGGAAACACAGUGAGAGCUUCCUCCCUCAUCUUCAUCCCAGCUCUGCUGCUGACCGCAGCUUACAGAGUCUGGAGGUCCAAACAGGAAGCAAAGAGGAGGCCAGACCAAUCAGAGGAGGAGGAGGAGAGCAGCGCCGUGUGAGACCGACCUGAUUAUGAAAGUGUUUGAAUUCCCAUCUGGAGCGUCUCGGAAAGCCUCAGUCCAACGUUCUCUGCACAAGAAGCAAAAUAAAUCUGCUGCACUCACCUCAGGAGUGAUGUCACUCCUGGGUUCUGACAUCAGAGGUGUCACACGCCACAACAUGACAUUAAUCCAGGUGGACGCUCUUGUCCCUGAGUGACACGUGUCCUCUGUGAGCUGUGACAGGGCCGACGUUUGUUAAUAAACUCCAUCGUCAGACUGUGUUUAAUGUGUUUAAUAAAGUUUUCAUGUAAACAGUGAAGCAUUCACUCAGUGUAACUCAGGUAACUGACUCCACCUGUCUGACAUCAUCAACCACGUACCUUCAGUCAGUUUUUAGCCUCAUGCUCGGUCUGCGCUCCAGCAGGUCGUCUCUACACGUCUGCAUUCCUAAAUGCUGUGAGCUGGCCUGUGAUUGGCUGAUUAACUAUUUGGACUAAUGGUGUACCCAAUAAAGUGGCUGCUCUGCCUGUUUCCUUGUUCGUGUGCUUCCCACAGUUUGCAGAACUUUGUAAGGAAGCUGCUGAUAACAGUAAAAACGUUGGCUCAGGUCUCACAACAACCACGCUGAGCUGCCACU